AGGGUCCAGGGCAGCAGGACCGAGCCAGCGGGAGCAGCCCGAGCCCACUGCAGACUCACUUUGAACAUAUCUGUUGGGUGGACAUUUAACCUUUCUGAACAUUUGCUUCUGCCUGCCUAAAAUCAGGGCCUGGCCACACUGGACAAUGCCACUUGCCCUGUAUGCCUGUUUCCUCUGGCUGUCCACCAGUGGCCUCUCGACCAUCCAGGCUGAGGACACCAAUGCUAACGUGAGCAUGAGGAGCCAACACCGGGGCCUGGCUCCAGCCAAUGUUGACUUUGCCUUCAGCCUGUAUAAGCACCUCAUGGCCUUGGCUCCUGGCAAGAACAUCUUCAUCUCCCCUGUGAGCAUCUCCAUGUCCUUAUCUAUGCUGUCCCUGGGCACCCGUGGCCACACGCGGACCCAACUUCUCCAGGGUCUGGGCUUCAACCUCACGGAAACAUCUGAGACCAAGAUCCACCAGAGCUUCCGGCACCUCCACCACCUCCUUAGGGAGUCAGCCACCAGCUUGGAAAUGACCAUGGGCAAUGCCUUGUUCCAUGACCGCAGCCUGGAGUUGCUGGAGACGUUCUCAGCCGACAUCAAGCGAUACUAUGACUCGGAGGCUUUGACUACAGAUUUCCAGGACUGGGCUACAGCCAGCAGACAAAUUAAUGAGUAUGUCAAGAAUAAGACACAGGGAAAAAUUGUCAACUUAUUCUCAGAGCUGGAUAGCCCAGCCAUCCUCAUCCUGAUCAACUACAUCUUCUACAAAGGCACGUGGGCACAGCCCUUCGACCGGGAAAGCACCCGGGAGGAGAACUUCUACGUGAAUGAGACGACCGUGGUGAAGAUGCCCAUGAUGUUCCAGUCUAGCGCCAUCAACUACCUGCGCGACUCAGAGCUCCCCUGCCAGCUGGUACAGCUGGACUACGUGGGCAAUGGGACCGUCUUCUUCAUCCUUCCCGAGGAGGGGAAGAUGGACACAGUCAUUGCCGCACUGAGCCGGGACACGAUUCAGAGGUGGUCCACGUCCCUGACCACUGGCCAGGUGGACCUGUACGUCCCGAAGGUGUCCAUCUCCGGAGCCUACGACCUGCAGGGCGUGCUGGCAGACAUGGGCAUUGCGGACGUGUUCACCAACCAGGCAAAUUUCUCCGGCAUCACUCAGGAGGCCCAGCUGAAGGUAUCUAAGGUGGUCCAUAAGGCUGUGCUGCAACUCGAUGAGAAGGGUGUGCAGGCAGCUGCCUCCACUGGGGUCACCCUGAACCUGACCUCUGAGCCUCUCACCAUCAGUUUCAACAAGCCCUUCCUCAUCUUGAUCUUCGACCACUUCACGUGGAGCAGCCUUUUCCUGGGCAAGGUUGUGAACCCAACCUAGGAGAAUGCCCGCCAGGAGCCAUGGCACUGUCUGACUUUGGGUACGAGGAACCCCACGGAAAUGUUUCGGAG